CGCUCCCACCGCGUCUCUCCUCCGCGGCGCGUGUCGCUGCCUGGACAAAUUCUCACAUCUUUCAGUGUCAAAAAUUGCGCCUGCCGCGCUCGUAACUGUGGAGGAAGAGGCUCUCGGCCUCUUCGGAGCGCGCAGGUGUUUUAUGCCAGCAGCCAUUCCCCCCCGUUACGGCCCUGCAGCCGUUAAAGACGCAUGUGUAAUUCGGAAAUGAAACUGUAGCUGCAGCGAAGUUGCUCGUGCCGUCUCGCCCAUGGACGCUUGGCAGUGGUGGUAACCUGUAUCAUCAGGAUCGAGAUUCAGGCGCAACUUUGCCUCAUCCACGUGCGCUUGCUCUGCGUUUGGGCUGGUUUUUUGUUUGUUUUUACGUUAUGCUGUUCCCUUAUUAUAACGUGUUUCAAUUUAGAUUGCUUACAGUGCUGAGUAAGGUCAGAAAAUUGUUGUUGCUUUUAAAACUGCUAAAAGUCAGUGGCAAAAUGUAUGGUGCAGGACUAGUAGUAUUGCUUCCCUGGAGGAUUGGCGAACCUUUUGGCUUCAGCCUUGGAAGUGGAUGUUAAAGGAAGGUUUCCUCCUUGGAGAUGUGAAAGGCGAAGCCAAGAACAGCAUUACUGACUCACAGAUGGAUGAUGUUGAAGUUGUUUAUACAAUUGAUAUACAGAAGCACAUUCCAUGCUACCAGCUGUUCAGCUUUUAUAAUUCUGCAGGAGAACUGAAUGAACCUGCCCUGAAGAAAAUAUUAUCAGGCUGCAAAAAGAGCAUAAUAGGAUGGUACAAAUUCAGACGCAAUACAGACCAGACAAUGACAUUCCGAGAAAGACUUCUUCACAAGAAUUUACAGUCACACCUGUCAAAUCCAAGCCUUGUCUUCCUUUUAUUAACUUCCAGCGUGAUGACAGAAAGUUGUUCUACUUACAGACUGGAACAUGCUUUACACAGACCACAAGAGGGUCUUUUUCAGAAAGUUCCUCUGGUGGUUACUAACUUGGGUAUGGCAGAACAGCAGGGCUACAGAACAGUGUCUGGUUCCUGUAUAUCUGCUGGCUUUGUGAGAGCUGUAAGACAACACAGGUCAGAUUUCUUUUAUGAAGAUGGAUCUUUACAAGAGGUUCAUAAGAUUAAUGAAAUGUAUGCCACCUUGCAGGAAGAACUGAAGAACAUAAGCUCUACUGUAGAGGUCAGUGAACGAUCUGUAGAGAAGCUCUUAGCAGAAGUGAGCCAGUUAAAAGAAGAAAUAAAGAGAAAAAAGCAACGUAAAGACUCUGUGGGAGAGGACAAAAGUCACCCAGGAGAGCCAAAGGAGAAUGUUUUCCUUUGUCAGGCUUUGCAAACAUUUUUUCCCAAUUCUGGACUGCAGACAUGUAUUGUUUCCUUAAAAGGCAGCCAGAUAUUUAAGAACUGCUGUAACACUGACCAUAAUAUUAAUGUUGUAGACAAACUGACUCUCAUGGUAGAGGAAAGAGACUUCACUGAAGCUGAAACAAGACCAUUAACCAAGCGUAAGGUCAGAGGGACCACAGCAGGACCAAAAGCAUUCAAGAAAUCAAGAUCACUGCAGCUUCACCAAAAAUUACUUCGAGACCAAGAGGACAGUGACCAGGAAAGGAAGCUUACACUGAGCAGUACUGAAACUGAUGAGGAGGUGUUAGAAAAACUGAAGGAUGCAGCUGAAUAUCCACACUCUCCCACUUUCUGAUCACUUAGCUUAGUUAUUUGUCCAGAUGACUACAACUGCACCAAAAGCUACUGCUCGGAUGUUAAAACUGUCUCCUAUCAAUUUUAGUACUGCAGGGAUAAAACUGACAUACUGAAUUUGUGAAGUAUAUACUUACUUUGAAAUGCAUGAAUCCUGUUUGGCAUAUGCAGAGCAGAGUCCAGAUCUCAUUUCCUCAUUCUGCCUUCCAGAGCUAAGUCUGUUCUCUCUCUCAGGGUUUAAAUACUACACUAGUAGGGUGUAAGCAGUGAUACAUGUCACAUACUGCCUCAGAGUGAUACAACUUCAAGCUACUGCUGAAAAACAGUAUUAUGCCUUGGAUAAGCCUCUUCUCAGCAGGUGUUACCAAGAGCAUUGAGUCAACCCAGGUAACAUAAGAGGAGCAGAAAUCACCACAAUUGACAUAUUUCCACCUGUUCUUAGAUAUCCAGUACUCCAUAAGCUUCCCCCCGCUUCCAAUCCAACAGGGGAAGAACAGGUGUUUCACUUUGAACUUUAGUGAAACCUCCUAACAGGACAAAUGUCCAAACAGUCCUACAGUUAAGGAUUUUGCUACAAUAUGUAGAUGUCAGACUUCAACAACAGAGAUUUAACACUCCAUAAAGAAAUUAACAUAUCUGCUUCCACCAGUGAUGUUUUAUGCCAGCCAAGCACAUUUUUGGUAAAAAGUCUAUAAACAGUAAUUAAAAUAUAGUUUUAUUGGUCAUUUCUUUACAGUGCAUAUUACUCUGGAUACUUGACAUUACAGAUCUUGGGGUCCAUAAGAAAUGAUGGGUUCUUAAACAUAACUGGCAUAAAUCCUGUAAGAAAAGAUUGAGGUUUUUUUUAUUAAUAAAAGAUAUACUUGACUUACAA